AUGCCGUGCGAAUCGCCCGCCAUCGCUGCACAUCAUUGGGAGCCACCGAUGAUCCCAAACGUGGGCCCCGGCGCCUGGCGCUGUCCUCACCCUGUCCCAGCUAGCAUCGAAGCGCACGGCCAGGCCUUGCCUGACAUGGCACAGACGAACGCCAAUUCUUCGACUUCUAGGUUCAUCGUCCUUCUCUCUUGGUAUCACAAUGUCACCUUCCAAGUUGCCGGAGACGCUUUACAUCGUACGGAUACCUCCUCUUCUUCAUGGUUCCAAUCCCCCAACCUCGGGUCCCGCAACACAAGCGAGCAGCAAGCAGCAAGCAGCAGCAGGAUGGGUCAUGGGUGGCAUGGUGAAUUCAAUCUCGACGUUUGGCUUGGUUUGGGGGGUCCUCUUCUGCUCAACUCCGAGUCCGAACCCACCGCAUGCGUCCUACUGCCCCCGCAGAGACGCUCGUUGACCGCAGUCAACAAAUGCACGCAAGCCUAA